AAGAGAUAGCACAAAGAGAAAGAACUACACUGCCAGUCUAGUCUUCGAGGAUAAUCAUUCUGGUAUUUUCAGGUCUCCGGCAAAGGUUGAAAGACUGAAUGGAGCAAACGGAGAGCGUCAAGUGUGUGGUGGCUGGAGAUAAAGCUGUGGGAAAGACCGAACUUCUGAAAAACACCAAUGAAAAGAUCACAGUGGGCUCCAAAUCUAUCAAGCUUGUGCUGCGGGAAACAGUCGGUCAGAACCAGAAUGACCGAUCACGUCCCGUAGCCUACGGUGGGACCAAUGUCUUCAUCCUCUGCUUCUCCAUCUCCAACCGGAGAUCUUUUGACAACAUCAAGGUUAUGUGGUACCCUGAGGUAUCACAACACUCCCCUGAAGUGCCCUUCCUGCUGGUGGGCACCAAAAAGGACAUCAGAGGAGAUCGAAACAUUUUGCAAAAACUGAAGCAGCAGAACCUGACUCCUGUCACCAAGCAGCAGGGGGAGGCUCUUGCUAAAGAAAUCAAGGCUGUUAAGUACCUUGAGUGCUCAACUGUUAAAGGUGGUGAAGGGGUGAAUGAAGUAUUUGAGGAGGCUGUCCGUGCCUACCUGAACUCAAAGCCUAAGGAACAGGUGGACAAAUCAUCCGAAUCAUCCUGUGCACUUCAAUAAAGAAUUGUGGGUAAAACCGUGCCAUGAACAAGUCAUUGUUGUCAAUGCAGAUUUUGUUUAGCGUUAUGUUACCAUUACCAGUGAUUGUCAUGACAGAUCCCAUAAUGUUUGGUAUCAUGAUGGCUAACUGUGAUGCAGUUAUGACAUCAAACAUCACAACAUCUGUCAUGAUAUUUACCAACAAUGGUUAAAAGAUACUGUUCCAUUACUGAACAAAGACUCCCGUCAUAACUCUUGAUGGCAUCUGCCAUGGCAGGUUAAAGGCAUGACUUUGUCAGUACAAUUUAGAAGCAGUCAAGCAAAUUGUUAUUGAAUUAUGUUUAAUUGACAUAUCUGUGCUCUACUUACAGACAAAUUCUUAUGUAACAACAAAGGUUUUACAAAUGUUGACAAAAAUCUCAAUUUAACUUAAUAAGAAAUGAGCAAACAACUUUUGAUGAACUUGAAGUGUAAUAUUAUUUUAAACUACACAUUUUGUAUGUGUAUGUCACAGAUCAAAUGUUUUUUUUUUUGUCAUGCAAUCCAGCUAAUUUUUACAUGAUGGUAGAUUUGUUGUUUCCAGCCUGCCUAGUUUUUAUUAGCUACAACAACACAGUCCUUCUCUGUAGCACAGCAUUUUAAGCAGGAGACUUGUCUAAUUUAGCAAGAGUUACUUUAAAUGAAUGCAUUUGUACAGUGCAAUAAAUUAUAUCUUGGUCAGUGAAAACAUCAACAUAAUGCAGAAAAUUUUGUCUGUUUUCCAGACAUAAUGUCAAUAAUUUUGACAUUUUCAAGACAUGUUUUCAAGACAUUUUCAAGACAUGUUUCAAGACAUAAUGCAAAUAAUGUGGACUUAUUUCAAGACAUUUUGCAGAUCAUUUACCUACGUAAGGAAAUAAUGCUUGAAAAGCAACAUUAUUGUUGUCCACAAAUAAUUUAAGCCCUUAAAAAAUCCAGGCUUAUUACAUACUAAUGCUUAUUCUUCAACAACAACAAGGAAUUCAAUUUAGUCACUCUGUUUGAUUUUUCUGCAGUGUGGGUGGACCACAAAUACAUCAUAUUAUGGGUGAAAUCUUCACUUCUUUGCUGCAGAUUUUUUACUGUUCUCUGAACAGUGCUGAUGAAGAAAAUUACAAUUAUAAGUUCAGUUAUGAGCUGAGCUAGAACACUGAUUUGUCAUUGAUUGCUUGACCUCUUUCUGAAACUGUACACUGACAUGAUUCCGUUGUAAUUUAAGCUACAACAGAGAUUUGAUAUUUGCCCACAUAUAUAAUCCAUUCUUUGUACAUAGAGGCUUCUACUCACACUGAAAUCUGAAUACGAAAUACAAAGAUUCCUAGGAAAUUCUGGAUGCUUGAUAGAUAUAUUGCUAAGAUUUGUUGCUUUACAUUGUUUCUGUAAAUGCUUGUAGAAUCUUUACCCACAAAGUGAUGUCAUGUACUUCUCUGUGACUGAGGAAAUAGUAAGAAGAUAUUGAACUUCGAUAUCAUGUGUAUGCAUCAUGCAGAUCAACUGAUUUAAUAAAAUUAUUAUAUAUAAAAAUA